GCGACUGUAACAAAUUGUGUCAGCAGAUUGUGGGUUGUGUUGAACCGUGAGUAGGGCCUUUUACGUUUCACCAGUCUGGACCCGGCAUAACCAAUGGCAUAACAUGGGCAUUAAUUUGACAGGACGGCCAUUUUUCUAGUUCGUAAUUUUCAUACUUGUCCAUUUGUCAGUGUCAAAAAUAUAAUUAAACGGUUCGUAAUAGAGGCAUUGGAGGCAUGUUCCGUGUUCUUCAGCGAAUUAUUAAGAAAUAACUUGUGUUUUACAUAUUAUACUUAAAUUUAUAGUUUACGCGUUAUAUAAAAUGGAAGUCACUGACGAAAAUCUUGCUACUCUCGCUAAUUACCUUCAACAGACACUAAACCCUGAUCCAAACAUUCGAAGACCGGCUGAAAAGUUUUUGGAGGGUGUGGAAGUUAACCAGAACUAUGCUAUUCUUCUUCUUCAUCUCGUUGAUAAGGAUUCAGCUGAUCUAACAAUAAGAGUUGCCGCAGCAGUAACUUUUAAAAACUAUAUCAAGCGUAAUUGGGCUGUGGAAGAAGAUGGAAGGGAUUGUAUACACGCAUCAGAUAGAACAACAAUUAAAACCCUCAUAGUGUCGCUCAUGUUAAAAUCGCCAGAAGCAAUUCAAAGACAGUUUAGCGAUGCGGUAUCUAUAAUUGGUAAAUCAGACUUCCCAGAGAAAUGGCCUGGACUUAUUACGGAAAUGGUGGAGAAAUUUGCUACAGGUGAUUUCCAUGUGAUAAAUGGUGUGUUAAGAACUGCACACUCGCUGUUCAAGAGAUAUAGGUAUGAAUUCAAAUCACAAAAACUAUGGGAAGAAAUCAAGCAUGUUUUGGAAAAUUUUGCCAAACCCCUCACUGAUCUCUUUGUGGCCACCAUAGAUUUAACGACGAAACACGCAGACAACCCACAAGCAUUGAAAGUUAUAUACGGAUCGUUAGUGCUUAUAUGCAAAGUGUUUUAUUCACUCAACUAUCAAGAUUUGCCCGAGUUCUUUGAAGAUAACAUGCCCAUAUGGAUGCCGAACCUAUUGAAUUUGCUGCAGAUUAAAGUGCCGUGCUUGGAAACUAAUGACGAUGAAGACAAGCCCGGUGUUAUGGAACAGCUGCGUACUGAGAUUUGCGAGUGUGCCGCAUUGUACGCGCUAAAGUAUGAAGAGGAGUUUGGCCCACACGCUCCCAGCUUUGUGACGGCUGUCUGGAACGUUCUACUGUCUACGGGACCACAGACUAAAUAUGAUGCGUUAGUGUCAAAUGCACUGACGUUUCUCGCAAAAGUGGCGGAGAAGAAUAGUUAUAAGAGUCUGUUUGAAGACCCAGCUACUCUCAGCAGUAUUUGUGAGAAGGUGGUCAUACCGAAUAUGGAGUUUAGGGAGUCAGACAUGGAGCUAUUUGAAGAUAAUCCAGAGGAGUAUGUCCGUAGAGACAUAGAGGGUUCGGACGUGGACACUCGCCGUCGAGCCGCCUGCGAUCUAGUAAGGACUCUGGCCCAACAUUAUGAGGAGAAGAUUAUGGCCAUAUUUGGACAAUAUGUUGAGGUGAUGCUGAAGAAGUACGAGGAGAGCGGUGGCCGGGAGUGGCGCUGCAAGGACACGGCAUUGUUCCUGGUGACGUCACUCGCGUCACGCGGCAGCACGCAGGCGGCCGGCGUCACGCGCGCCUCGCCGCUGGUGGACCUGGCGCACUUCGCCACUGCGCACGUGCUCACCGAGCUGGGCAAGCCGCAAGUUAACGAGGUGCCAGUGUUGAAAGCGGAUUCUCUCAAAUACAUUAUGACAUUCCGGACUCUACUGCCGAACGAUUUGUUGAUCACUGCCCUACCUUUACUAAUACAACACAUAAACGGUCGCGGCGUAGUUUGCACGUACGGUGCGUGCGCGGUUGAGAAACUCCUUGCAGGCGGUAUGGUCCCGCGGGCUGCGCUCGAACCGCACGCCCCGGUGCUGCUGCACUCGCUGUUCACCGCGCUCGGCAACACGAACGAGCCCGCGGAGCACAACGAGUAUGUCAUGAAAGCAAUUCUACGCACAUUAUCCUGCCUCCGGGAAUCGUCGCUGACAUACUUGGGCGAGGCGUUGCCAAAACUGGCCAGUCUACUCGCCGUGGUCACUAAGAACCCCUGCAAGCCGCACUUCAAUCACUAUCUGUUUGAAACAUUGUCACUUUCUGUGUCAUUGGUGGUGAAAUCAAACCCAAGUGCUAUUACGGCAUUUGAAGAUGCGCUAUUCCCGAUAUUCCAAGAAGUGCUACAAAAUGAUGUCCAAGAGUUCAUGCCGUACGUGUUCCAAAUGCUGUCCUUAUUGCUGGAGCUGCGCGGCGCCAACAAUGCAGCGGGCGGGGGCGAAGGCUCCGCGUACGCGGCGCUCCUGCCCUGCCUCGUGGCGCCGCCGCUGUGGGAACGGGCUGCUAAUGUGCGGCCGCUUGUGCGACUGCUGUGCGCUUUUAUAGCCACGCAGGACCAGCUUGUUAGGGCUUCGGGCAAAUUGACGGCAAUGUUGGGCGUGUUCCAGAAACUGAUUGCAUCCAAAACGAACGAUCAUGAGGGAUUUUAUCUUGUACAGACGAUGCUUUAUAAGUUCGGAACGACGGACAUGCAACCGUACACAAAGCAGAUAAUGUCUCUGCUAUUCCAACGUCUGUCGUCGUCGAAGACAACUAAAUACGUGCGCGGUCUCAUCGCGUUCUUGGGAUUCUUCGCGGCACACUUCGGCGCUGAUACGCUCAUUGAUCUCAUCGAUUCCAUACAAGCCAACAUGUUCGCGAUGUACGUGGAGCGCGUGCUGAUCCCGGACCUGCAGAAGGUGGGCGGGGCUCUCGAGCGCAAAGCAGCCGCCGUCGGCUGCGUGAAGCUGCUCUGCGACAGCGCGCACUUCAAGCAGGGCUCGCUGGCUGCUCUGUGGCCGCCGCUGCUUCAGGCGCUGAUCUCCGUGUUCGAGCUGCCAGUAGACGAGUCGAGUCUUCCGGACGACCAUUUCAUAGAAGUGGACGAUACUCCCGGCUACCAACCGCAGUACGCACAACUGGCCUGCGCACGCGCAGGGGAUAGAGACCCGCUUGCUAGUAUAGACGACCCCAAACGUUAUCUAGCGGAAAGCCUAGCGGCUAUGUCCCGUACAUGCCCGGGCGAGUUACCGCCCCGUAUAGCAGCACUUGAUGAACCCCAUCGUCUCGCCUUACAAUCAUACCUUGCUGCUUAUGGAGUACAACUGUGCUGAUAUAGGAAUGUUGCGCUCGUUACCGGGCUCAAUUAGUGGACUUGACCAGUGAAAGUUGAAUAUAAGACCAGAAAAAGUGUCCAAGUGAAGAAAAAGAUAUGUUUGCAAAGUGCUUUAUUAAUAGAAGAACUAAGUUAAUGCGCUUGACUGACGAGAAAUAAAGAAAAACAUGUGAAUUUUUUACUGAAAAUAUGGUCAGUAGUCUCAGGAUAAGACAAUAAAAUUAUAUGGUCACUGGAUUUUAAAAAAACGACGUGUGGCACACGGGGACUGCCGCGGUAAAGCUAUUGCAUGCUAUGCCUUCAAGCCACACCUCCGCCCGUCGGA